AUGGAGAAGUUUUUAAAAAGGACAACUGCAAACUCCGAAUUGGGUUCUGUACAAGAUUCUGACCCGGAUGAAGGCCCUAGUAUUAGUGGUGGGAAAAAGAAAGCAAAGACGGUGAGCUCAAGGCAAUAUAGUGAAAGCUAUCUUUCGUAUGGAUUUACUUUCACCGGGGAUGAGACGACACCUACUCCAUUAUGCCUAGUGUGUGGCGAGAAGCUAUCCAACAGCGCCAUGGUGCCGAGCAAGCUUAAACGCCAUCUCCAAACGAAACACCCGGCGCUUCAAAACAAGCCGACAGACAAUUUUGUUCGCCUGCGUGUAAAUACAGAGAAACAGGCAAGCUUUAUGAGAAAAACCACAAAGGUAAAUGAGAAAGCGCUAAAAGCUAGUUACCUAGUAGCCGAACUCGUUGCUAAAUCAAAAAAGCCGCACACUUUGGCAGAGACAUUAAUACUACCUGCCUGUAUAGCCAUUGUCAACGAGAUGCUCGGCCCCGACGCAGUUAAAGGCAUAGCUAAAGUCCCGCUCUCUGAUAGCACAAUUGCCAGACGUAUUGAUGACAUGUCUACAGACAUCGAAAGCCAUGUUUUGGAAAAGAUACGCAUCAGUAGGAAAUUUGCGUUGCAAGUUGACGAGUCUACGGAUAUUAGUGGACAUUCUCAGCUCUUGGCUAAUGUGCGUUUUGUGGAUGGAGAUUCCAUUAGAGAAAACUUCCUAUUUUGCAAGGCACUGCCAGAAAAAACAACUGGAGAAGAAAUUUUUCGGGUCACAUCGCAAUAUCUGGACCAGGGAGGACUUACGUGGGAAAACUGCACAAGUGUUUGCACUGAUGGAGCUGCAGCCAUGGUCGGGCGCACCAAAGGCUUUGUGAGCAGAGUGAAGGAAAAAAACCCAGACCUGAUUGUUACGCACUGUUUUUUGCACCGUGAGGCCCUCGUUGCUAAGACUUUACCAGCAGAACUGGUUCCUGUGUUGGACGAUGUGGUGCGCAUAGUGAACUUUGUAAAGACACGACCUCUGAAAAGCCGUAUAUUCGCAUCUCUGUGUGAGGAAAUGGGAGCGGAGCAUAAGGUCUUAUUGCUCCAUACGGAGGUCCGAUGGUUGUCGCGCGGCAAAGUGCUGGCCCGUGUGUAUGAGCUGCGAGAGGAACUUAAAAUGUUUCUGACAAAUGAGAGGUCUGAUUACUCAAAUCUGUUUUCAGGUGAUGAGUGGUGCUCAAAGCUGGCAUACCUGGCUGAUAUAUUUUAUCAUCUGAAUGAACUGAACACAAGGAUGCAGGGCCGAAAUGAAAACCUGCUUACAAGCACAGAUAAAGUAAAUGGAUUCCGUUUAAAGGUCCACCUCUGGCGACAACAUGUGCAACGUGCCAACCUGGAGAUGUUCCCACUCACAGAGAAACGGCAAAGUCCCACUGCUGCACUGUGUGAGGUAAUAUGUAAACAUUUGAAAAGUCUGGAGGAGAAGUUGUCAUUUUAUUUCUCUUCAGCCUCCACUGAAUGCUUUGACUGGGUUAGGGACCCAUACAGCUCAGCAUCAGUUGUUGGAAAGGACAUGACUUUACAAGAGCAGGAGGAACUAACUGAACUGAAACAGGAUCGAGGUUUAAAACUAAGAUUUGCUGAUCUUCCUUUGGACAGUUUUUGGUUGACUGCUGCCAAGGAGUUCCCCAUUCUGGCCAACAAAGCUGUUCUGACAUUGCUCCCAUUUUCCACAACAUAUCUGUGUGAGCUGAGCUUUUCAAGCCUAACUUCUAUAAAAACUAAAAACAGAGAGAGACUGAGAGCUGUUGAAGAAGAGCUUCGUGUGUGUCUUUCUUCUAUUCCUGCCAGGAUAUCGGCUUUGUGUUCAUCCAAACAGGCCCAGGUUUCACACUGA